GUAUUACUUUUCCACCAAACGUUUUUGGAUCUGUUAAGUCCAUUGCAUUUCUCUGUGAGAUCUACUUCUUGGGUUGAUGCUGUGUAUUUCAGUUUGUAUGCCUAUGUGUGCAUAGGGAUUUGAUUGGUGAACCUGCGGUUUAGUUCUACAAGCAAAAAUGAAUUCUGCCAUGUGCUCAUCAUCAUCGUCAUCCACGAUUGCCUCUUCCUGCUGGCAGAAUCUUCGAAGCAGAAAACAUUAUCUGUUAGCACCUGAACCUUUUGCAAGGAUUGGUGACUCAAGUAUGAUUGAUACACUCCGAAGAUAUAACUGUAAGGAAGGGAAGGUUGUGAUUUCAAGUCAUUUGGUAUCUGGACGUUUGGAUGCAUCGCGUACAAGAAAAAAGUUGUUAAACCAGCCAGUUCCGAAAUUAGAAUUUGUACGCACUUUGCUAAUUGACAAUUAUGACAGUUACACUUACAAUAUAUUCCAGGAGCUUUCAAUCAUUAAUGGAAUGCCUCCGGUGGUGAUUCGGAAUGAUGAGUGGACGUGGAAAGAAGUUUAUUACCACUUGUAUGAAGAAAGGGCAUUUGACAAUAUUGUGAUAUCACCUGGUCCUGGUUCUCCAACAUGUCCAGCAGAUAUAGGAAUUUGCCUGAGGCUACUCCUUGAAUGCAUUGAUAUCCCUAUACUAGGCGUCUGCCUUGGUCACCAGGCUUUGGGAUAUGCGCAUGGGGCUCAAGUUGUGCAUGCACCUGAAGCUGUCCAUGGUCGUUUGAG